GUUUGGUAACCCUGCAGCGCAGCUGUCAUUCGGUCAUUUGCUUUAUUUUAUUUGUGCCGAUGAUCCUAUUUCAUAAAAUAAACAAGACAAUGGAAUUAGCAUAAAAAAGCCAACGGAUUGAAUCAAAAGUGAAGGAAGUUGUAAUAAAUAAAAUGGCUCCACAGUACAUUUUAUCGCUAAUACUUCUGCUCACCUACAGUAUGGUGCAGCAUUGUGCUUCGGCAGCGGUUCACAGCCAUGCCGUGGAGCAAAACCAAGAGAGAGAAUCGGACGGCAGCUACAAGUCGCGAGACCACGACCACUACAACGAAGGCGAACACAACUCCGAGUUUGACCAUGAGGCUAUAUUAGGCAGUGUAAAGGAGGCUGAAGAGUUCGACAAGCUGAAGCCGGAGGAGUCCCGGCGGCGGCUGGCGCAGCUGCUGCCGUUGAUGGACCUCAACCGGGACCAGACCAUCGACAAGGCCGAGCUCAAGGCAUGGAUCCUCAACUCAUUUGUCAAGCUGUCGAAGGAGGAAGCCACGGAGCGCAUGAGCGAGGUGGACACUAACAAGGACGGGCUGGUCACGUGGAAGGAGUACAUGCAGGACGCGUUCGGAGCCGAUGACGAGGACGAGGUCGGCCCCGACGACACCGGCGAGACUGGCAUGGUCGAUAUAGAUUCACGACUACAGAAAAGCCAUGAUAAACCGCUGGUGCGCGAGGAGAAGAUCAUGUGGGAUGUCGCAGACACCGACGGCGAUGGUACGCUCAAUUUCGAAGAGUUCAAGAUGUUCUCGAACCCGGAGGAGCACCCGAUAAUGCAUCCGUUUUUGGUGAAUCAAACCCUAAAAGACAAGGAUGAGGACGGCGAUGGCUACCUGGAGUUCCACGAGUACCUCGGCGCACGAGGUCGGGACCCUCAGCCCAGAACCGGUGAAGACAAGGCAUGGCUCGUAUCGGAAAAGGAGAAAUUUGACGAUUUGGACUCUGACGGAGACGGGAGACUCGACGAGAAAGAGAUCAUGCGCUGGAUGAUUCCCGACAACGAGGAAAUAGCCGGGGAGGAGGUAGACCAUUUGUUCUCGACCGCGGACGACGAUCGCAACGACGUCCUGUCGUUCGAGGAGAUCCUCGACCAUCACGACGUGUUCGUGGGCAGCGAGGUGACGGACUACGGCAGCGACCUCUACGGCGAACACUUCGCCGACGAGCUGUGAGAAUCGCAUAAAUUUACAAAACAAUACCUCUUCCGCUGGUCGUUGGUCGCGGUAAAAACGUACAAUCUGACAGCUGUCAAAGCAGUGGCGCCACCGACGGAGAGGCGGCGCAACACGCGGGUGCAGCUGGCGUGCCGCGUGUUCCUGCUGACUGCGACGUUCUUUUACGCCUCGGGACUCGACAGCGCGCUGUUCUAUAACAACUUUAUGGACGUUGAAAAUGCUUGCCACGAUUGGUUGCUCGCGGCCGUCAAUGUUAUCAAAUAUGGCCGCCGGGACCAGUUCGAAGACAACAGGCUGUUUUAUUUCGCCUGCUAUGCUAACUUUUGUUAUUUGCGCAGAUAGAUCAUUUUUUUAACAAUUUCCCACUGAUGUUCUAAUAAUCUCAUAACUUUGAAUACGUGUAAUCACUAAGGUACACUUAUACCGCACCGCUCCCACCCGGCACGAUCUCGUUCAUUGAAAAUUGAGCAUUAAAAUGUUUACUGUAGACAUACUUUACAAUGACAAGACGGGAACUGACAGUAAGCAGUCGGCUGAUUUCUUGUCAAUGUAAAGUAUGCCUACAGAGAACGUGCUUUAGAGCUCACUUUUCAAUAAACGGUGCAAUAGAAGUGUUGCUUUAUCCUGUUCGUGAUUAACCAAUCUGGCACGUUUGUCGUGUUUCUCGGGCGUAAAAGAUCCUUGUGUUUUAACUUAUAGUAUAGUUAUUUAUUGAAUAACGAAUAUUUGAUUUUAACUUAUUAUAUAACAAAAUAUAUUUAUAUUUAUUUUUGCCAUAUCUUCAGAGUUGCCGUUAUUUUUGCCAUUUAUUGUCGAAAAAUAUUUUUGUUAAUUAAUUGAAGUAUGUAUACAAGUACAAUAUUAUAUUUUGUAAGUGUAACAUUAUCGUUAACAUGUACAACAAGCCUGAAAAUCUGAAAGACCCAAAUAAAUCAUUAUUUUUCUAUUAAAUAUCACGACUCACACGUAAUAUAGUCUUACAUGAUACGUAAAAAGAUCUGCUUCACAUCAAAUUAUCGUUUAUAUCAACUGCAUGUUGUGUUUAUUUUGCUAGAACGCUCGAAAGCUAAGCUCAAACUUGUAUUAGGGUACUAGUCAUGUAUAUCCACGAUUUCUCCUAAUAUUAUCUUCAACAUCUGUAUAUAAUUUCACAGUAAGUACCGAAAUCAUGUUAAGUGUAAUAAUAAUAAUAAUAAUAAAAUUAGAUACCUAUAUAGUGUUAGGCCUAAAUUUAAGAACUUAUCUAUUAUUACCUAUAUAUUAACAAACUUUUUCAUGUUUCUAAUGUAAGCAAAUUUUUUAAGGAAAACCGGAAAAUAAACUUCUAUUCGAUGCUGUAGGUAGGUGCCAUAAUUAUGUACUUAGAACCAACUGUGAGUCUAUUUGAGUGUACUGUAUGUGGUAUUUCAAAUAAAGUAUUUAUACUACCUAUAAUUUGUUUAGUCAUCUAGAAAAUAUGCUCUGUCUUCCGAUGCACGAUGUUUAGAUAUAAAUAUUAGUAGUAUUUUCAUUGUCGGAGACAAUUGAGUGUAUGUUUGGAUCCGCUAACAAUGGGUCAAAUCUUCUUUCCCCACGUUGAUGUACACUAUCAACCGAAUGUAUUCUAGAAGAUAAAUUUAUUUUUAAUAAAAUAUGCCGAAAAUAAA